AUGUGCUCGACGCCCGGCCUGCCGACGCCCGGCGCGGCGCUGGCCCUGCGCGUGUCGUUCGUGGACGCGCAGCCCGACGUGAUCCCCGUGCAGCUGUGGGGCCUGGCGGGCGAGCGGCGCGACGAGUACGCGCGGCUGAGCCGCGAGAUCCAGGAGGCGGCGUCGGGCGGGGGCAGCUGGGCGCUGGGGGGCGCGUCGCCGGCGCCGGGGGAGCUGUGCCUGGUGCAGGUGGGGCUGGCGUGGCACCGCUGCCGCGUGGUGAGCCGCCGCGCCGACGAGAGCCGCGUCUUCCUGCUGGACGAGGGCCGCACGGUCAGCGCGGGCGCCGGCUGCCUCGCGCCGGGCCGCCGGGACUUCUUCCACCUGCCGUCGGAGGUGCUGAGCUGCGUCCUGGCCGGGCUGGUGCCGGCGCCGUCGUUGUCAUCGUCGGGCGAGGAAGGAGGAGGCGGCGGCGCGCGCGCGCACACACACAGCGAGCCCCAGCACUGGUCUCCCGCCGCCCUGGACUUCCUCGGCCAGCUGCAGGGCCAGGAGGUGCGGGGCCGCGUGCUGGACGUGCUGCCGCGCCACCGCCUCGUCCUCCUGGACGUGCCCGCGCUGGCGCAGCACAUGCAGGCGCGGGGCCUGGCGCGCCGCGUCCCCGAGGCGCUCUUCAGGGCCCUGCUGCAGCGCUACCUGGCCACCGUGAUCGCCGCGACGGCGACGGCGGCCCCCGCGGCGGGGGCGGCCCCCCAGCCCGAGCAGCCCGGCCUGGACUACUUCUACCCGCAGCUGCAGCUGGGCGUCACGGAGCCCGUGAUGGUGACCCAGGUGUGCCACCCGCAGCGCGUCCACUGCCAGCUGCGCAGCCUCUCGCAGGAGAUCCGGCGCCUCGCCGACAGCAUGGCGCAGGUGUACGGGGCCUCCCCCGGCCCCGCCGCCGAGGAGGAGGAGGAGAAGAACGCGCCCCUCGGAGGAGGAGGAGGCCCAGCAGGCCCCCGGGAGGAGCGAGAGGAGAGCCCCGACAAGCCCGGCUCCCCCUGCGCGGCCUUGCGGCCUGGACGGACGCUGGUACGCGCGCUGCUGCUGGAGACCUUCCAGCCCCAGCGCUGCGCCCAGGUGCUGCACGUCGACCGGCGCAAGGAGCUGGUGAGCUGCAGCAGCCUGCGCCUGCUGCCCUAGUACUUCCGCAUGCCCGUGGUCACCUACCCGUGCGCCCUGUACGGGCUCUGGGACGGUGGGCGCGGCUGGUCGUCCCAGGUGGGUAGCCUCAAGGCGCUCCUGCUGGGCCAGGCCAUCAACGCCAAGAUCGAGUUCUUCUGCACCUUCGAGCACGUCUACUACGUCACCCUGUACGGGGAGGACGGGAUGAAUCUCAACUGCGUGUUCGGGGUGCAGGCCUGCUUGGUCGACCGCUUCCUACAGAGCCAGGGCACAGAGGAGGAGGAGGAGUAGGACGAAGAGCCAGACCUAGCUCAGUCUCAGUCCCCCGGGGAAGAGGCAGACCACGAGUUUGCCCUCCCCGCCUUAAGGUCCAUCCCGUUAAAGCUGAAUGCCUUCUUAGAGUUUGUCAAAACUCCUUCGGAGUUUUGGAUCAGGUUGAGGAAGCACAAUGGCACCUUCAGCAGGUUAAUGCGGAAAAUGUGCAGCUUCUAUUCUGCUAGUAAGCUAGAUGGUGUGGUUUUGAAAUCCGAGCCUGAUGAUCUUUGCUGUGUCAAAUGGAAAGAAAACGGGUAUUAUCGGGCUGUCGUUACCAGGUUAGAUGACAAGAGUGUGGAUGUGUUCUUAGUUGACAGAGGAAACUUGGAAAAUGUCGAUUGGUAUGAUGUGAGGAUGCUGUUUCCUCAGUUUAGGCAGCUUCCAGUAUUGGCUCUUAAGUGCACUCUAGCUGACAUAUGGCCCCUGGGGAAAGUUUGGAGCCAUGAAGCGAUUACCUUUUUUAAAAAGACUGUGCUCCACAAGGAAUUAGUCAUCCAUGUCCUUGACAAGCUGGAUAAUCAAUAUAUUAUUGAGAUUCUUGAUGAGUCGAGAACAGGAGAGGAGAACAUUAGUAAAGUUAUUGCUCAAGCUGGGUAUGCUAAGUAUCAGGAGUUUGAAACAAAGGAAAAUAUUCCUGUAAGUGCCUACUCUCCAGGGCAUAGCUCUAACCACUUUAAUGCAGGUAACAACAAAAUAGCUCCUACAAAGAAGGUAGAUGUAGAACAGAAAGCCAAAGGAGAUAAGAAAACUGCAUCUCAUGCAGAGAAUUUGAGUGAGACAGUUCUUACAAAUGCCUCAGUUCUAGGUAUGCAGGAAAAAGAGAAACGAAUGACUGUGUAUUUCCCUCUGGUACAGAAUUUCUCGGAUGUUAAGUCAGACUCUUGUAAGGGAGAGCUAGAGGUUGGAAGUACAGAAGAAGUCAGAGUGUCUUUUGUUGAAAAUCCUGGCUAUUUCUGGUGUCAGCUGACCAGGAACCUGUCAGAAUUUAAAACUCUAAUGUGUAAUAUUCAGGACCAUUGUGAGAAUACAGCUAUCCCUUACCAGGGAACCAUUCCUGCUUGUUUGGCAAAGCGAACAGGAAAUGGGAAAUGGUCCAGAGCUUUGAUUAGUGAGGCAGAAUCUUCAGAGCAUGUUAAAGUACUAUUUGUAGAUUAUGGAGACAGAGAGACAGUUUCUGUGAAGAAUAUUUACUCUAUUACUGAAGAGUUUCUCAAGGUAAAAGUCCAGGCUUUUAGGUGCAGUCUUUAUAAUUUAAUUCAACCGAUUGGUCAGUGUCCCUUUGAUUGGGACGAAAAAGCAGUACAAGCUUUUAGUGAGUUUGUCAACAGUGCAGUGGAAAAAAGUCUAGAAUUAAAAUGCACAAUAUAUGCUUUAGCUUCAAUACAUGAUGAAGAGCCAUUUAAUAUUGUGGAUUUACUAACACCCUUUCAGAGUGUAUGUCAUUUUUUGGUAGAAAAGAGACUUGCAAGACCAGUCAAAUUUCAGAGGCCUCUAGAAUCCCAUGUUCAGCUACAUUCCUACUACUACUCUACGCAUGAUAUGAAAAUAGGAAGUGAAGAGUCAGUGUACAUAACACAUGUCAAGGAUCCUUGGACAUUUUAUUGCCAGCUUGGCAGAAAUGCACAUAUUUUAGAACAGUUGUCUAAUAUAAUGAAAUUAAGUAAAGUUUUGUUAAAUUUAAAAACAUCUCCCUUGAUCCCUCGAAAUUUGUGUCUUGCCAAGUAUACUGAUGGAAAUUGGUAUAGGGGGAUAAUAAUAGAAAAAGAGCCGACUAAAGUCUUCUUUGUGGAUUUUGGUAACAUUUAUGUGGUAGCAAAUGAUGAUCUGCUUCCAAUACCUUGUGAUGCGUAUGAUGUCUUACUUUUACCCAUGCAAGCUGUUAAAUGUUCCUUAUCUGACAUUCCUGAUCAUGUACCAGAAGAAGUUACAACAUGGUUUCAAGAGAUUGUUUUAGAUAAGUCAUUGAAGGCUUUGGUUGUAGCGAAAGACCCGGAUGGAAGACUGAUUAUAGAAUUAUAUAACGGCAGUAUUCAAGUCAAUGCUAAUAUUAAUGAGAAAUUAGUACAACUUGGCUUUAAGUGUGGAAUCAGGAAAACAAUAAGUCAGACAUCCCUUUCUCCACCUGAAACACUUGAAAUAAAAAAGGGAAACGUUAAGUCAUCAUCUACAGAGUACUUAACUAAAUCUGCAGGGGGAAAAAAAUGUAGCAUGGAGGUCUUGGGAGGAUCCUAUUGUCCUGAGAUCAGUUCAACAUGUAAGGAACUCAGACUUUUACAAAGUUUAGAAAAUUCAAAAGUAACCCCUCAAUAUGAGGACCCUGUAGGAAAAAAUAAUACAUUGUCUCAGUUAGUAGAAAAGAAACAAGAAUGUUACGUUGAACAAUCUAUGAAAGCUGAAAAAGUUGAAGCUAGUGUUUUGGAGAGAAAAAUAGGAGAUUCAUAUAACAAAGAUUUUCCUCUAAAAAUUGCUGAUUUCCCUCAGAAGACUCUAGUCCCUGGCUUUAAAACUACGUAUGUUUCUCAUGUAAAUGACCUGUCAGACUUUUAUGUCCAACUAGCUGAAGAUGAAGAUAAAAUUAACCAUCUUUCAGAGAGAUUAAAUGAUAACAAAGCAAAGCCUGAAUAUUAUACAGGUCCACCUUUGAAAAAAGGAGAUAUAAUAUGUGCCAUUUUUCCAGAUGACAGUUUAUGGUAUCGUGCUGUGAUCAAGGAACAACAACCCAACGACCUUCUGUCUGUACAAUUUAUAGAUUAUGGCAAUGUAUCUGUGGUUCAUCCUAACAAGAUAGGUAAGCUUGAUGUUAUUAGUCAGCUAUUACCAGGAUUGUCCAUUCACUGCUCUUUAAUGGGACUUUGGGCUCCUGAGAUUUUAAACUCUAAGGAAAUGAUGCGUUAUUUUUCCAAAAGGACGGAAGAGGCUCAAAUAAGAUGUGAAUUUGUUAAAUUUCAUGACAGAUGGGAAGUUAUUCUUGCAGAUGAACAUGGAGUCAUAGCAGAAGAUAUGAUGAGCAGGUAUGCUCCCGAUGAAAAACCUCAAACAGAACUUUCUACUCAAAUAAUGAAAGGUGCCUGUUCAAAGACUUUAAGCAAAGCAGACCUUGAUACCUCAGUGUUUCUGAACUGGUAUAAUCCAAAGAUGAAGAUGAUACAAGCUUAUGCCACUGUCAUUGAUGGCAAUGAAUAUUUUUGGUGUCAAUUCUCUGAUACAGAGAAACUUCAGUAUUUAGAAGUAGAACUAAAAACUGCUGUAGAACAAGUAACAGAUUCGAGAAAUUGCAUCUCAUGUUAUAUUGGAGAUCCUUGCAUAGUGAGAUAUAGAGAAGAUGGGCUUUAUUACAGAGCACUUAUUACCAAUAUUUGUGACAAUGGCCUUGUAUCUGUCAGGCUUGUGGACUAUGGAAAUGUUGAAGACUGUGUGGACCCAAAAGUGCUCUGGAACAUUCCUGCUGAACUUUUGUUGGUUCCCAUGCAGUCCUUUCCUUGUUGCCUUUCAGGAUUUAAUAUCUCUGAAGGUGUGUGCCCUCAAGAGGGAAAUGAUUAUUUUUAUGAAAUAGUAACAGAAGAUGUGUUGGAGGUAGCAAUAUUAGAUGUUAAAAGGGAUGUUUGUAAUAUCCCCUUAGCAAUUGUUGAUAUAAAAAGCAAAGGUGAAAGUAUUAAUGAGAAAAUGAAAAAAUAUUCCAAGAUUAGUAAUAGUGAUCCAUCCUAUGAAAAAAUUGGCCUGGAGAUAAAGGGAACUCUUGAUCCUUCCAGUUCUAAUAUUGGACUUAAGAAACCAAAUACUAAAUCUGGGCAAGAGAAAGUACUCUAUGUGAAACCAGAGACAGAUAAACUCUCUACAAGUAUUGAAAAGGAUUUAAACAUUAUUGAUACCAAACCAAAUAUGUUUUAUGAUCCCGGCCCAGAUAACAUUUUGAAAGCUCUUCAGAGCCCAUACAAAGAUAACGAUGGCACUAAGAUAUUAGAAAGCAAAGUAGAAGAUCAGUUGGUUGACACAGUAAAAAUUGAUGAUAAAUACCUAAUUGCAGGAUUUAACUCACUAUUAUCACAUGCUAGUGAAACAAAGGACAUUUUAGAACUAACUUCUCUUGAGAUGCCACUUUCUCCUGAUAAUGAAAAAGAAUGCCUGGAACUAGAAGCCAUUGAGUUACAGAAUUCUUUCAUCAAGGAUGAAGAGAAAGAUGAACAAGGCUUGGUGCCUCCUGUUGUGCCACUGCACCAAGAUUGUGAUGCAGAAGCCACCUUGAAACCAUUCACAGUACAGCUUCCCCUCAGUCGUGAAAUUGAGAAACAGCCAAAACUAGAAUUGCCUACAGCCAACCUGUGUCUAGAUGAUAAAAUGCACACUUUAAAGGUUAGUCAGAAAGUUCAAGAAUCCAUGUGUACUGAGGAUGCAAGAAAGUCUAGUUGUGUGGGAUGUUUUGAUGACCAACAUAGGUCUUCAUUGCAUCUUUAUGGAAAGAACUGUGAUCCCAAAACACAGACUGAAGUGACUAUUUAUAAAGAAGAAUGUACAGACCAUAAGAACAGAGAUGCCAUUUCAUCAGUAACUUCUCUGUUCUCUGAAGAAGAAUCCAGAGAUGGAAGGAACCCCCAAAACGCUUUACCGGAUCAUGGCUCAGCUCGAUCAGAGAAUACCUAUGCCUUGAAGGGAUUUACCGUUGGAUCCAAAUGUAUUGUGUGGUCAAGUCUAAGAAACACAUGGUCUAAAUGUGAGAUUUUAGAAAUAGCUGAAGAAGGCACAAGGGUUUUGGACCUCUCAAAUGGCAUGGAAGAGAUAGUGAAGCCUGAGAACGUCUGGAGUGGCAUAUCCAAAUUGGAUGUGAGUCCGUGUAAGGAAGCUGCUUUAUGUAUUCUUUUUAGGACUUUUAGUAGUAAUCAGUUUAAGAGAAAGGUUAAUAGCUUAACUCCAUCUCGACUGCAGUAA